CACAGCUUGUGUUGUGAAUUUUUCUUUUGUUUAUAAAUACCUUGAUCAAGAUUGUUAUUCAUUCAGACUGGUGAGAAUUUGUUGAAGAAUGGCGGUUGAAAGAUUUAGCAAGAAGCUAAAGGAAUGGGAUGAAGAUAAGAAGAAAGUGGUAAAGCUUAUUCCUGAACAUUUGAAUGAGUGGAGCGAUCCAACAACUCUGAAUCUGCUGGGAACCAGGAUAAUAAAUUCACCAUCUUCUUCGUCUUCAUGUGGGCUAGAAUCAAUUGAAUCAGAGUCAAUAGAAGAUGAUAUGCUGGUUUUGGGUCAAGGCCAAUGCCUUCCCUCUGGUGUGGAUAAGUGUUCAGAUUUCAAGACUGGACCAGUGUAUUACCUGGAUUCAGGAGAAACUGGGCUAAGCUCUGUGACCUUACCAGGGAAGGAAAUCUCGGGAUUCGACUCCACUGAAGAAGAAGAUAAAGGAUUGGAGCUUCAACUGGAUUUGUCCAACUCAAAUGCCCUGAAAUAUAGCAGGAAAAAUAGUACCAACUAUAUUGAUGAUUGCACUGAUGAUAAUAGUGCAUCAGAAAUUCAGUCUGCCAUGAGGCUUGUUGGGUGUCUAGCAUGUUUAACGUAUUACAUGGUAUGUAGGAAAGAGGCCAGCUGUCCAAGGUGUAAAGGUUCCUUCCUGCUAGACUUUCCUGAUGGAGAUUUGUCUUCUCCAUAAAUUAAUACAGAGUAGUGAAUUUUAUUUGGCUUCGGUAGAUUCACUGAAUGUUAUAACGAGUUUGUAGGUAGACAUAGCUUAGUUCCAGAAACAUGGCAACAAUUUUUUGGACCUAUUUUGUGAUGUAAUUUUGA